CUCUCUCCUUUCUUAUUAUAUAUAUAUAGACACAGGUUCUUUGAGAAGCGCUUUCUUUGUAUGUGCAAAUUAAUAGCAACUCCUCCAAAGCUCAUCUAAUGGAGGAUUCAAUGAGCUCUUAUGUGAACAGUGCUCUCUACAGCAAAGAAGCCUCAGCAACAUCCUCUGAGGAGAGUGGAUGGACCAUGUACAUAGAGGAUUUUUUGGCUUCAGAGGAGAAGAGGAGAGGUGCUUUUGAUCUCUCUUCAUCAAGUGAGGCCUCCUCCAUGGUCUCUGAUGCUGCUUCAUCUGCUGCAUGGAAGCAGCAGCAGCAGCAGCAGCCGAGCGCGAGCGUCGACGCAGCGGCGGCGGUCGGAAAGAGGCUGAUCAGGUUGAAGAAGAAGAGGGUGUGGGGGAACUUAGAAGAAGACCCUUUGGAGGACACUGCUAGCUCUCCUGUAAAUAGCCCUAAGGUUAGUGGUUUGACCCACCCUGAUUUGAACACAAUGAAGAAGGAUGAGAAUAGGGAGAUUUCCAAGGAGGUGGUGGCUGCAGGCUAUGGAAAUGAUUCUGUACUUGGCAGGGAAGUUGUAAGUCAGUUGGGUCUUGUUGAUAGGGCAAGUAAUGAUUGUACAGAAUUAAAGAAGAGGGGACUAUGUUUAGUUCCCAUGUCCAUGCUUGUAGAUUAUCUUGGGUAAAUCUUCAACUAUAAUUAAUUAAUAUAUGGAACUUUAUUCUCUCUC